GAGAAAAAAUGUUAAUAGGAGAAAUCUAUUCAACAAUAAUUUAUUGUUUUGCUACAUUUGGAUUGUUUUCUAAUUUGUUUUUAAUUUGGCUAAUUUUACGUUAUACAAUGAAAGAAAUGCAAGUUUAUAGCAAAAUACUUUUACAAACUUGUUUUGUUGAUAUUGUUGGGAUUUGUAUGUUUGUUGUUUCUCAACCGGUAAAUAAAUAUUUGGAGUAUCGGAGAUGUAAGAAAAAUUCUAGACAAAAUACCUCAGGGCCCGUAUUAUUAAAAGAACAAGUGACAUAA